AUGUUAUCGUCUGAUGUUCCUGUUGCAUCCUCAGUGAAAUCUGUUGUAUCCGGUACUCGGUUUGUUCCAACAGAAAGGACACAGUCAGCAGAGAAAACAAUGGUGAGAACUCGUGGUGCCUCCUCCAAGAAGAUCCCUGUUUCUCAAUCCCAAAAGGUGCCAUCUCCUUCGCCUCCUCCGUCUGUGUCAACGGCGCCUCUUUCUGGUCCAUCAGCUCCCACAUCUGUUGGAAAGUCCUGCAAAUCCAAGGCUCGCAAGAAGGUGUUUUCGCUCUCUCAUGAACAUCCUAUGGUGUUUCCAGAUAUCUCUGCUGACAUUGUUGCACCACCAUCUGAAGUGGUGGUGCCCUCUCGAGCCAAGGACCAUUCUCCUCUUCCGUUUGAUUCGUCUUUGGAGGCUAGGGAAAAAUCGAAAUCUGUUUCCUCCUCUUCCAAAGCUGCUGCUGCUGGAUUGCUCAAAUUGCCCUUGAAGCCGAGUCAGUCUAAGAAAAAUUCUGUGACUCCCAAAAGGAAAUUGGGGUUGGACGCGUCUCUUUCUCCUUUGUCUGCUGCCAAGAAAAAAUUGAAGGCUCAUCCCCCUUCAUUGUCCUCCUCCGAAUCUGAUCCUGAGGAAGAUAAGUCCGAUUCUGAAGCAACUCAGGAUACCACAAUGUCUGAUGAAACGGUUCCUGACAUUGCCGAAUCAGAGGCUAAGUCUGAUGAGCCAGAAAAAGAAGACACUAUCCCCUCUGAACAAGAAGCCGAAUCUGACUCAGACCACAUUGCAUCUCCUUUGCCAUCCAAAGCUAAAGGGAAGAAACCUAUUUCUGGUUCUACACCUUCACCAAAACAUUCAGGUGUAAAUUUCAAACCUUAUUCUUCCAUUUUUUGCUAUAAUGAUAAUGCACAUGAUAUGGUUCUAUAUGCUCAACGAAAAUUUAUCAUUGAAAGAAAUUAUGUCUUGAGUGAUCAUCGUCCUUUUGGUGUGCUAACAAUGCUUCAAGAUCGUCAAUGGACAGGUUCUUUGGUUAAAUUUUCUGGUUUUGUGGAUAGAAUAAUCAAGGAAUUCUAUGCCAAUAUUACUAAUGAAAUUAUUGAACCUUCAUCUCCUCUGUAUAAUAAAGUGUUUGUUAGGGGCCAUUGGUUCUCUUUUUCUCCUCAAGACAUUGCUCUUGCUUUGUGCCUUCCCCUUACUGUCAAGGAUGAUGUUGAUGGUGCUUCUCUUGACAAGGACAUGGUUAUCACUGAGUUGGUCGGACAAAAAAUGCCCACAUCUCACACGGCCACUAUCUCUUUUGAUAUGGCAUCUUUUUUGUACAAAGUGGGGACCGGUCUUGGUUUAAAUUUGGCUUCGGUUAUUCAUGAUCAAAUCAUUGGGUUUCGCAAAGGUAACAGGAAAAACUUGAAUCUUCCUUUUCCUCAAGUUAUUUAUAAAGUGUUGAGUAUGCAGAAACAAGACCUCCAACGUGAUCAAGAAGACUUGGUGGCCCCAACUACUGCUGCUUCCUACAAAGCCUCUGCCCCUCCUACUGAAGCCAAUGCUGCUCCGUCCUCCAAGAAAGUCAAGCCCCAAUCUCUGAAGAUUGCCUCGGAUGACAUUCCUCAUGCCUCCUCCUCUGUUGCCACAGAUUCAGGACUUGUUGCAACAGAAAUAGCUGCUGUCCGAGCCUCUGUUGACUCUUUGACUGCUCGCGUAAUGUCAAUUGAAGGACUACAACGUUCUGUGUUGGAGGCUGUUCGAUCUCUGUCUAAAGAUCCAGUUGUUUAG